AUGACUAAAUGUCUAGGCGGAAGGGAAGAUUCUAAUAAUGGAAUAAAUGCUCCCGAUACAAUACAAAUUUCAUACUUAUGUAUAUUAUUGACUAUGAUUUUCAUAUUAUUAACACAACUAUCUAACUUGGCAAGAACCUCAAUAAAUAAGAGACAAAAAUGUUUUAAUUUGAAUCCAUUGGCCUACUUGACUUCUUAUGUUGGUAUUAAUGCUCUAUUUUAUACUCUACUGGUAGAUUGUCAGUUUUUAAUUAAUAUUAACGAAUAUUUGCGCAUUGUAGAAGGGCUCGAGUUUAAUAAUAGUGGUAGUGGUAAUAAUGACUUUUUAAUAAUGAAGGGAUCUAAAAGCAUUCUUUGGAUUAAAGAAAACAUCAGUUAUCAUAUACAGGAAUUAGGUAAAAUACACAAUAAUAGUAGCAGCGGUAAUACUAAUAAUAUGUCCAAUUAUUUACCGAUUUUCAAAUUUUUAACCUGGCCUUUUUUCCAUAAUGAUAGCAGCUACGCUACCACUAAAACAAUUCAUAAUAUACCAUUAUUAUUAAAUAAUAUUAAUUGCACAAACAAUGCUAUAAGUGAUCCAUACCAGUCUGUUAUAAAAGCUUUAGAUGUUUUGACUUUUGCUAAAAAAAUUAUUAAGAAAGAGAUUAGUAUUGUUUUUGGGUUUUUUUUUUCUUUUAUUAUAAUUUAUAUUUUGAAUUACCUUGUAUCUGUUAUGAAUAGUUGUGAUAUUACAGAAGAUUUGGAAGAACAAGGAGAUGAGAAUGAAAAUGUCUUGUGUUGUACAAAUCAUGAUACCAAUUUUAUGUUUAUUUUAAAAGAUUUGGAACAAGACAAUAGUAUGUUAUAG